AUGAGGAUUUCGAAACUGUUGUUCCCGGAAAAUUUUGCUAGUAAUGCCCGUAGUCGACUGCAAACCGCGUUAGGUGCCGAGGCUCGAGCAUUGGAAAACGAGAAGGCUGCCAGUGAAAGGUUGGCAGCAAGCACGGCGGAACGUGAUGCAGCCGUGGACAGAGCUCGAGCGGUGUGUGAGGCACACUACACUUCGAUGCGUCGCCGUUUGGAGAUUGAUUGGGCUAAUGAACGAGAGUCAAUUGAACGUAUCGCGGAAGAAAGGUUGACGAAAGUCAAACAAGAACUAUCCGAAUGUCAAACAAAGUUGGAUCAGAUGUCCAAACUGUAUCACGAAGCUCAGCUGUCGACUCAUGAAGCAGUUGAAGCUGCUUUGCGUGAGGUAUGUCAAAUGCACCCAUGCGCUCAUUCCUAA